GGAAAGGGGAUCACAGGUAGCGCAGCCAGGAGUGGGAUCUCCCACUGGAUAUGAUGAGGAGGAGGUUGAAGAAAGGUGGCGCUUCCAUAACUACUACCAGUGGGUUGUCUUCUUCCUCUUCUUCCAGGCUAUUUUGUGCUAUAUGCCAAAAUUCGUCUGGAAUAAUGCUGAAGGAGGCUUGAUGAAGACAAUUGCUAAUGGCUUGAACCCUGGAUUAUUCAGGGAGGAUGAAGUUAGUUCUCGCAAGAAGGUCAUCAUUGACUACAUUGUGAAGCAUAUUCGGAUGCACAAUGGUUAUGUAUUCAAGUACUGGUUUUGCGAGUUGUUAUGUUUUAUCAACAUUGUUGGGCAGCUCUUCCUGAUUGACAGGUUCCUCGGUGGGGAGUUCUUGACCUAUGGACCAAGAGUUGUAGAGUACAGUGAAAUGGACCAGGAGGAGCGUGUGGAUCCCAUGAUCUAUGUCUUCCCAAGAAUGACCAAGUGUCAUUUCCACAAAUUUGGUCCAUCAGGAACUCUUGAGCGUCAUGAUGCCUUCUGCCUUUUGCCUCUCAAUAUUCUGAAUGAGAAGGUGUUCAUCAUGAUCUGGUUCUGGUUUGUGAUCUUGGCUUGCCUGCUUGGAGCCCUCAUCUUGUACCGAGUUGCCCUCUUCACACUCCCCGGCCUUCGCCCCAGGGCCAUGCACAAGCAUAACAAGUCUGUUUCUCUGGAGACUGUACAAGCCAUCACCAACAAGACUUCCAUUGGAGACUGGUGGAUCCUGUAUGUUCUAUCAACAAAUAUUGACCCCCUUAUCUACCGUGACAUCAUGACUACCCUGGCCAAAGAAAUCGAGACUGCAAACAGCAACAAUCCUUACAACAGUGCAGGGUUAUACUCAUCAUCAUCUGUAUGAAUGUUAGAGGACAUGGAUUGAGGGCUGUCACUCAGCUGAAGGUGUAAUAAAGACUUUUUAAAAUGAAGUAAAGGACAAAAACAACUGGGACCUUUGUACUGUAUUUUCUGCCCACACUUGUUUCUUUGAUGGGUGAGUGAUGGCAAAAUUAUUUUGAAUACUUGUUUUGGUGCUAAGUAUGGUGUGCUUAGGAACAGCUACUGGUACGUGUCAUUUAAUUUACUGACCCUUGCUUUUGAUGAACUUAUCAGUUUAUAGCACUUGCACAGGGAGGGAUGUGGAACCCAUUGAAAAAACUUUUUUGUUUAUUUUUUAAAAAUCUAUGCAAUGCACCAAUCCUUCAGCUGAUCCAUGAUGUGACAUUAUUGUUCUCAUGUUUCAGUUUUUUCUAAGAUUUAGUUCUCCUUACAAUAGAGGUGGACUAGCCAUGUUGCAUGAGGGUGACAGCCACCAGUUCCUGUCUUGAAUAGAAUAUAUCUAGAUUGUUUUUCCUCUUUCACUGGACUAGACUCUUUCAUAACUUCUUUGUUGUUGAAAUGUGAAGUAAGCCUUGAUCUUAUUGAUGAUGUAUAUGUGCUUUUACGUCUAAAAGGUCUUCAAAUAUUUAUUUAUUCUUAAUGUGUCAAGGUAAUGCACUAUUAUAUUCAGCAUUGAUCUGCAUUUUUGCUGGAUAGUCUUUUCAAUAAUAAACAAAAGAAAUGUAAAUAGAUGUUGGCAUUUUAAUGUUAUCUAUCAAGACUGACAGUGUAUGAAUUAUGGAACGACAACUUUGCUGGUCAAAGAUACUUCUUAAAGUGCCAUUAUCUAAAUUGACGCGAGAGCAUUUAGUUACUAAUGAACAACACAAUCAUCUUGACUAUGUUCUGUAAUGGCAAACCAUGUACUGUAACAAUCAUGCUCUCUACGGAAGCAGCUGUUCUUUUAUGGAUUGAAAAAAAUGCAAAUCUUGACUUUGCAAGGAAGGAUUGUGUCUCCCAUAUUAUAGAGUGAAGGAAGCGAGUUUUAUUUGUGAAAGGCUUUAUUUGAAUCUUAUUUCCCCUCCCCAGUUGAUAGAUAUAUCACAAAAAGUUGUCCGAAAAGUGCCAAGUGAGAAUCGGGUCUAUCUGCUCACGUGACUGAUUGUUGGAUGAACCAGAUCAGGUCGUUUGGAAUGUGCAGUUAAAGGACUUCUGUUUGUGAUUUCACUGUAUAAUACAGUCCUAAGUUUAAGAUAUAUUUUGUAUGUAAGGUUCAUGUAUUUUGUAGCUACAUUAAAGAGAUUUUUAUAC